AUCAACAACUUCCCAAAUCUGUUGUAUUCCCAAAACAAAGAGUCAGAGCAGCCCAGGAAACAGAGCAAGAGAGUAGAGCUUUCAACAAUGGUGGAAGGAGGCGCAACGACACUCGCCGACAAAACCCAGUUCAGCGAAUGCUGGAAAAUCACUUCCAAGAACCCUUACAUCGCCCGGCUCGCCUUCUCCGCUGGGAUCGGCGGCCUGCUGUUCGGGUACGACACCGGAGUCAUCUCCGGUGCCCUUCUCUACAUCAAGGACGAUUUCGAGUCCGUCAAGAACAGCACUUUCCUCCAGGAGAUCAUCGUCAGCACGUGCGUAGCCGGUGCGAUCGUCGGAGCCGCCGUAGGCGGCUAUGCCAAUGAUAGAUUUGGUCGGAGGAAAACGAUUAUGGCCGCCGAUGCUCUGUUUUUCUUGGGUGCGGUGGUUAUGGCGGCGGCCCCUGUUCCCGGAGUAAUUAUUCUGGGGAGGGUUUUGGUCGGCUUGGGCGUCGGGAUGGCUUCCAUGACGGCGCCGCUUUAUAUAUCUGAAGCUUCUCCGGCGAGGAUCAGAGGGGCGAUGGUUAGUACUAAUGGGCUGCUGAUCACCGGCGGCCAGUUUGUUUCUUACCUCAUCAAUCUCGCCUUCACUCAGGCUCCAGGAACUUGGCGAUGGAUGCUUGGAAUUGCCGGAGUUCCUGCUCUGGUUCAGUUUGUGUUAAUGUGGUCGCUUCCUGAGUCUCCAAGAUGGCUUUACAGAGAGGACCAUAAAGAAGAGGCGAGGUCGAUUCUAGAGAAGAUCUACCCGGCAGAGGAAGUGGAAAGAGAAAUCGAAGCCCUCAGAGAAUCCGUCGAAGCAGAGAAAGCCAUCGAGCAAUCAAUCGGCAAAGGCACGAUCUCCAAACUGAAAGGAGCCCUCUCCGACACGGCGGUCCGUCGGGGUCUCUACGCCGGCGUGACGGUCCAGGUCGCACAACAAUUCGUCGGAAUCAACACUGUAAUGUACUACGCUCCGACGAUCGUCCAGUUCGCCGGAUUCGCCUCCAAUUCAGUCGCUCUAGCCCUCUCGCUCGUCACCUCGGGGCUCAAUGCGUUGGGUUCGAUCAUCAGCAUGAUGUUCGUCGACCGGUACGGUCGCCGCCGGCUGAUGAUGGUGUCGAUGGUCGGGAUAAUCACGUUUCUGGUGAUCCUCGCCGUCGUUUUCAAGGAGGCAUCCGUCCACGCGCCGGCUGUCAGCGCGAUGGAGAGCGCAGGGUUUGGCGGGAACAUGACCUGUCCGGCGAGUUUGAAUAUUGGCGGGAACAAGAAUUGGGGAUGUAUGAAAUGCCUGAAAGCAGGAUGUGGAUUCUGCUCCAAUGCCGGUAGUCAGUAUCAGCCUGGAGCCUGCCUGAUCGGAGACAAGGUCGCGAGAUCGGCCUGCAAGGUCGAGAGCGGCCGAACGUGGUACGAGGAAGGUUGCCCGAGCAAGAUCGGGUUCCUCGCCGUGAUCCUCUUGGCUCUCUACAUCAUCUCCUACUCCCCAGGGAUGGGGACGGCGCCGUGGAUUGUCAAUUCGGAGAUUUACCCGUUGAGAUACAGAGGAAUCGGAGGUGGAAUUGCCGCCGUGGCCAACUGGACGUCGAAUUUGAUUGUGAGCCUGACUUUCCUGACGAUGACGGAGACCCUGACGGUGGCCGGAGCGUUCCUCACGUUCGCCGGGAUCUCGCUGUUGGGUCUGAUUGCGAUCUUCUUUCUGGUGCCGGAGACUAAAGGGCUGCAGUUUGAGGAGGUGGAGAAGAUGCUGAGAGAUGGGUACAAGCCUGGGUUUUUCAGGAAGGCAGGGGAUUCUGAAGGUGGCAAGUAGGAUUUUGAUUUAGUAGAGAGUUUGUGUUAGCAUUAGAAAAUGAACAUUUUUGGUUCUUAGUGAUUACUACUAGUUAUUUGACUUUACAAUGGUAAGAUAUGAGUUGCAUUAUUACGAUUUGAUUUGAGUUGCUAAUGACGAUAUCAACAUUUAUGAUCACCAAUAUUACGAGAUGUUGC